UGUCAUACCAGACAUUAAAUUACAGCAUAAUGAUUCUUUGCAGUGAAAACUGAGCUCAGUACUACUUCAUACUGAACAUAAUUUUCUUCUACUUUAUUUUUCUGUUCAAUUUUUUGUUUAAUCUUACGCACGUUUGUUUUUUCAGUUUUUAGACAGAACAAUGGACGUGGUUUACCAAUUUGAUGUUGUGAUGAGGCAAUUGACUUAUGGUGGUGACGCUGCUGUCAAUGGAAAAAUCAGAAACGAGACUUUCAACAGAAUCCUAUACAAGAAUCCGCCGAAAGAAAGUUUGCCGGUUAAGCCCGGAACAGCAGCAGAUUCCAUUCCCUAUCCUGGACUCGGAAACCUAAUGAGGCUUUUGAGGAAGAUAUACUCGGUUAAUUUGAAAUUGAGUGCAUUUUUGUACUACGAAGACCAAGAAGGCGACCUUGUGCGUCUGUCGAGUGAAAGGGAAUGGAGAGAAGUUAUCAAAAAUUCUCUGAGGAUUGUUUUCGUGGAAAAGGAGCAAAACGCGCAGGUGAAUUUGCUCUUCUCGCCGAAGCACCACUACAAACCCAAUCUACAUGGCAAGGUUGACUUCUCUCUACUCGAUUUCGCUGCUGCCAUUUACAAGGUUGACGAGAAACAAAUGCUAGAGCCCUCUUCUCAGAAGGCAAAAGCGGAUUCGACCCAAGAUGAAAAUAAGGAACCAGAGUCUACGUCAGAGCAGGAGCAGAAAGAGCAAGAAAAGCCGUUGUCUGAGGAUAGCAAAAAGGAAGAAAAUGAAGUUUGCUUGAAAGUUACUGAACAAUUGGCUGCUUUUACAACCGAUUCCUCUUCAACUGGUACCGGUGAAAGUGAGUCACGAUGUCACAAAAGUUCUCAGAGUUCAGUCACGGAAGCGACUGUUACCUCCUCUCAAACUGACUCUGUUGAAAUGAAAGAUACAUUCGCACAGGCUAAAAAGGAGACCGCCGAUAAACCGACAGUUUGCCAGUUGAUAACUGAAGCUACUAUUCCUGUGCAAAACGGGAUUUUGAAUCGCGAGGAACUGAUUGAGUUUGUGAGAGAGCAACUGCCCGGAUUGGUUGACCAAUAUCUUGAACAAUGCAAAAGGAUCUCCAUGGGUGUUGUUGGUACUUCCGCACAGACAGAUUCUGCAACUACUGCGAGCGAGGAAAUUCAGACCGAAAAAGAAUCUUCGGAAUCGAUUGAAGAAGACGUAAACGCAGAUCAAACACAAGAAACAGUAUCGGAAGAAAGCAUCAACGAGGAAACGCGACCAGCUGUCUGCUCUGAAAUUGACGCAGAACCUCGUCAAAAUAAUGAGCUGGCUCAAUAUUUUUACACUGUAUUGUUUCACGAAAAUAAGUCAGCUGAGGUCCGUGUAAUUCCAGGAGUUGAGGUCCAGAAAAGAUGGUUUGUUUAUAACUCUGGAAACUCCAAGUGGCCCAUGAAAGUCCAAGUUCACCUCGAGAAUUUCACUGAGUUGUUCCAGGUCGUAAGAAGUAAAGUUCCGAGUCUGAAUGUUCGACAAGUUGAAAGUAUUGGCGUGGAGUUUGUCGCACCGAGCACCUGUGGAGUCUACGAGUUGAGAUUCGUCUUGAAAUCGCCUGAAGAAAAUGAGGAUUUCACUGAUAACCAUCCCUUGGUUUGUACUGUAAAUGUUAUUGACGACCCUUUCAAGUUUGCCGAGGAGAGUAAUAACGUGGCUGAAAAUGAAAAUAAUUACACUGAAAAGGCUCCAGAAGUUCCUCAAGAUGAGCAAGAGGGCGAAUUCGACCAGGAUUACGAUGACGACGUGACUUCAACAUGCGACGAUGAAACCAUUUACGAUUCCUCGGACGACUGUGAACAAGUUGAGGACUUCACUUUCAUUCCGCUUCCAGACUGCUUCGAUCUAAACCGAGUGCCGGCAUUGCAAAGCAGCUUUCUGCAUCAAAAGGCCGAAUCGGAAACCUCGACCGCAAAACAAGAGUAUGUUAACGCUCUGGGAGAUUUGUGUAAGGAUAACGAAGAGUACUCGAAUGUUGGCUCCGAAACUGGAUCAAUCGGAGAUGCCGAAAAUUCCGAAGAUGAUUAUGUAGUUCACGAUGACGAGAAUGCAAAUGAUACGUCGCUCGAGCUGACAAGUAUUAACACUGUGGUUUUGAAUGAAAUUCACGAAGACACGGAGCGAGCUGUAAGACCAAGGUCAGAGGAGUUCCGUGAAGAUGAUCAUGAUGGAUCGGAUCAAGAAGAUACGGAACACCCGGAAAAUGCAACCGAAGCCAACGGAAGUUCCGACGAGAAUGACGACUUGGAGUCGUCGGGUGAUAUUCCCGAGUCGCCAAAAGGAACCAUUCGAGUUUCAGCGAGCGAGGAACGAUCAUUGUUGGACCGACUGACGAAACUCGGCUUCGGUGAUCGUGAAAUGAACCGACAGUUGUUGAUCAAACACGAGUAUAAUCUUCAGUCCGUCGUGAAAGAUUUGAUCAACUCUUUCGAACCACUGCGAUAAACUUGAAUUGGAUUUCGGAGCGGGAUGAUCUAUUGGACUAAUUUUAAAAUACCGAAUCUUAGUUAUAUUUUAAUGUUAACCAAAUUUGAACCACUUAACCCGUAGUUGAUACAUUGGAAGUUAGUUUCAUGCGUCAUAACUAUAGAAGAAAUGCGUACUUGAAUUAAUAAAGUCUACUGCUCUGUUGUUAGGUUCCUAUGCAAGUAGAUGUUAUGAAAUCGAGGAAAUUGUAGGAACCUAACCGCUAAAUUAGAUUGUAAUUAUUGAGAAAUGGACGCAAUUUUAAUUGAAAUUUUUAUUUCUUAA